AUGACAGAUAGCCAUCCGCUGCUGAACAGCCAGAGCCCGCUGAACAUCGUUAUUUCUAACAAAACAAGACAUAAAGAUCUACCCCCAAAAGACUUCUUCUCAGUCAACACUGAGACCACCACCCAUCCAAAAUCAAUCCUAAACCUUCAAAAUCCCCCAAAAUCCCCUCUAAAUCUCUCUUCAAAACCUAACGAAUCCAACUCCCCUUCCUAUAAAAUCUUGUACAGGAGCGAGGAGGAAGACCAGGUCCUUCAUGACCAGCUGGAUUUGAUAGAUAAGGCAAUUCAAGAAGGAACAGAUGUUUUUAAGGAGGUUAGGAAGGCAGACGGCAACCUGAAGGUGGUUGAUAGCUUAGUGAAAUAAAAUUAGUUUGUGCAAUUCGGAGAAUGUUACUCAUCAUUUGUCUCAAGUGGUGAGUGAUAAGGAGGUUAAGAUUGGGGAGUUAAAGGAAGAAAUUUCGUAUUUACAGGAUCUUAGGGUUGAAAAUGAUAUUCUUAGAGGUAAAGUUAAGCAGCUUGAGGAUAAAGUUGUUGAUCUUGAAACAGAAAUUAAUUUAUUUGAUUAUUCAAAGACAGUUGCUCGAAAGGUAGAAAAAGACAAAAAAACCUUUUUAGAUCAACUGGUUAAAAAGAGGAGAAGUACAAACCCAGCCGACUCUAGUCACUAUGUUCAUAUUUCAAAGUUCCAUAAACUAAAGGACACUUUGAUAGCAGAAAAAUGAAAAUCAGCUGAUUAUCAAAAGGAAGUCAUUAAUUUGAACAAAACAAUAGCUGAUUUGAGGGAAAUAAAUGAUCAUAUGAAAGAAAGUUUGAGAAAAUUUAUCUCACAAAAUCAAGAACAAGAUGAGUUAAGCCUCCAUUCUUCAAUGAAUUUUUCAUCCAAAAACGCAGGAAAUGGCCGUAAAAGGUCAAAUCUAAAUGCUUCCCAACUCAACAGCCACUUCAUCAGUAAAUACCUCAACAAACUUCGAAAAAGUGUCGAAUCAUACGACAUCUACGACACCAAACGUAACAAAAGCAUGCUUCACAAUUACCACAACCCCACUGAUUUCGUCCCUCCAGCCCUCAUCUCCCCCAACUCCCACAUCUCCUCCCCCAAAGACACCCUCCCUUCCAAGUUCAACCUCCCCACUCCUUCCUCCAAGAACUACUCCACCAGUAGAUUCAUCGCUUCCAAAAAGUCGCCACUGAACAAAUUCCUCUAAACUGUCAAUCUCCU